AUGGCCGAUCAGAGUCAGCGUGCUGCUCCCCUUCGUCUCGGUUCCGUAGCCCCGAAUUUCAAGGCCGUCACCACCAAGGGCGACAUUGAUUUCCAUGAGUUCAUCGGCAACAACUGGGUCAUUCUCUUCUCGCACCCUGAUGAUUUCACUCCCACCUGCACGACUGAACUCGGCGCAUUCGCCAAGCUCGAACCUGAAUUCACAAAACGUGGCGUCAAGCUGAUUGGUUUGAGCGCCAACGGAUUGAAAUCCCACCACGAUUGGAUCAAGGAUAUUGACGAAGUCACUGGCUCGAAUUUGCAAUUUCCCAUCAUUGCAGAUGCUGAUCGCAAUGUAUCCUAUCUCUAUGACAUGAUCGAUUAUCAAGAUACCACGAAUGUGGACGAGAAGGGCAUGGCCAUGACCAUUCGUUCUGUCUUCAUAAUCGAUCCCAACAAGAAGAUCCGCCUCAUUAUGAGUUACCCAGCUACGACUGGCCGUAACACCGCUGAAGUCCUUCGAGUGGUUGAUGCGCUUCAAACCACCGACAAGAACACCGUCAACACUGCCAUUAACUGGACUCCUGGUGAUGAUGUGAUCAUUCCUCCUUUCGUGUCCACAGAGGAUGCGGAGAAGAAAUUCGGACAAGUUCGGGUCGUUAAGCCCGACCUGCAAGGGGCACGAUCUUCUCUUGGCCACUACUCUCCCAACAAGGAGAGUGAAAAGGUAUUCUUUAGCUAUUGUACCCCCUGGCAAUAUGAUGACCGGGAACCUCUCAGGUCGCUGCAGAAGGAUGGACGACGCUCCAACGAUCUCUCUCACCACUACUGCCAAUGCAUCAAGGUGACUGGCUGGGAAAUCGGUCUUGCUGGAGAGUCUGACCGAAAUGGUUGA